UGAAAGAUUCUGGGCCUCUUCAGGAUGUGUACUUGAAUCACUUAAUCAGGCUGGGGGGAGGCAGCAUUUGUCUUGGCAUCCUUAACAGGAGAAUUCAGCUUGGACUUCCCCACCUUCUUCCCAGAUGACGCCUUGGUUCUGCUAAUAAACAGAACAGUGACAGAAUACAGAGGAAUUUCUUUGUGAAAAAUGUAAAAAAUCAGAAUAUUGAAGGUACAACUUUAGUGCUGGUGAGCGUAUGUGUUAAGAGCCCUCUGCAAUGGAUGUGAACAGUGAAACAAAAUACUGUCGGAACUGAAGGAAUCAGGGCUGCUAUCCUGCCUCACUACAGCUGGUUAAAUUUUCUUUCACAAAACCUCCAUUGCCUCAAAAUGGCGCCGGUUGUGGCUGAUGUCUCUGCAUUCUCCUCCUUGAGCGGGAGAUUGCUGGUUCAAACUUCAUUAUCCAUGAAGCCCACUGUGUAAGGACAAUAGUUCUGUGUGAAGUAUGCAAGGAACCCGUUUCCAAGGAUAUGCUUCAGGACCACAAGGAAACACAGCACCAAGAGGUCAUGUGCAAGUGUGGUAUGAAGAUGGAGAAGAAAGUUUUUGAGAAACACCAGGCUGAGGAGUGUAUGCUGCAGACCAUUCCAUGUGAAUUCUGCAAGAUGGAAGUUGAGCUGCGGAACUUUCCAGAACAUCAGAAUUACUGUGGAAGCAGGACAGACCUCUGUCCUUUGUGCCAGAAAAGGAUCACUUAUUUUGACAUGGAGCAGCACUGUGAGACUUGCACUGGACCCGACACUACGCCUCACCCAAGUGGAAGGCCAGCAGACAUCACUGAAGCCGCAGAGGCCAUUAACACAGACAAUAUAAUCAGUGCUGGUGAAUCCAUUACUAGAACUCUGACCCAAUUUUUAGGACCCACAAUGCUGGAAGCAUUUAACCAAAUGGCAUCACCCCAAAAUACUAGUCAGGCACACGUGACAGCUUCAAGCACCUGGUCUGAGAACACAGCAGGACCAAGUGCCGCUGUUGCUGCUAUGAAUAACUUACAAACACUCUAUACCAGUAGAGCAGUUCAGACUUUAACCAGAGCUAUUCUGGACAGAUGUGACCUGGAUCAAAGUGAGACAUCAGUGAACAGUGACCAGAUGCACAGAUGGUUCUCAGACCCUCAACCAGAGGAGAGAGAUGAUGCUCUGGUCCCGUGCCAGUUCUGUGAGGCAUUGAUACCAUUUCAAGACAUCCUUCUCCAUCAGAGUGCCUGUGCUCAAGACACGACUCCCAGCACUACAGAGUCAUUGAACCUAUCAGAUUUUGACUGAAGGAAAAGCAUUGCAUCACUACUACAGAUCAAAGAGCACAACAUCAUAAUCUAACACAGAUCAAAGAGCAUGAUAUCAUAAUCUAACACAGAUCAAAGAGCACGACAUCAUAAUCUAACACAGAGCAAAGAGCACAACAUCAUAAUCUAACACAGAUCAAAGAGCAUGACAUCAUAAUCUAACAGUUCCAUCAGACAUCACUGCCAAACUUCCCAGUCACUUUAAAGGGGACAUGCCCAACCCGACUGGUCACACUGAUGUCUUCACUUAACUGCAGUAAUGUUUCUCCCACCCAUGACUGCAUGAUUUGGUUUUGUCAAUUACCAGUUAACACAUGUUUGCAAAACUAUUCACCCAUCCAUUUCUGAUCAUGUGUACCAGUUUCACUUGUAUGCAUCACAAUCAUUUGCUGUAUUAUUUUUAGCCAGGUUUUCCAAAUAGUUUGAGGCCUGCUUUUAAUGAGGAGUCACACAGAAGGCAUGUGAAGACCGACAGAAUUGAGCACAGGACUACUGCAUAAAGUUUGUUAGUAGUUCAUGGUCCUUAAUCAUCUGAAAUAAACUGACAAACAGACUGUCAGCUCUUUUUAUGCUCCUACCAUGAAAGAGAGAGAGGGAGAGAUAUAUGUUCACCACUUCAUUUCGUAUAAUGAACACAGAGCAUUUUCACCUAUUCAGCGUUGAGAUGGCCGUGAAAACCAUUAAUCCCCUACCAAGUCUGUCUAGUAACACAGAUGUGAUCUUCUGCCUAACUCAAAAUGACUGUGUGAAACACAUUCACUGACUUACACAGACCUACAAAUGGACAAUGAAGUCUUUACUUACAGUCAUCUCUGGUACCAGUAUAGACCAUUUAUCCUUGAAAAAGUCUUCAGCCUUUCUACAGAGCACCUCUGUUUCUCACAUGCAGACUUAAUAUCCUCAGAAUGGGCAGAUGACGUGCAAAUAACAAACACAAAAAAAAACCCAUCUCAGCAUAAUUGAAGGAGAAACCGAUUGAAAGUCCAGAAAUCCUGCUCAUCUAUUGCACUGCCCAGUUGUAUGUAUAGAAAUGUCACAUUGUCUUGGAGUGCAACUUGUUUUGUUUAUCGGACUCUAAAGUUACAGGCAUGGCAGAGCCAGGAAGCCUGCAUUUAAAGAUACCAUGGAAUAUUCUAUAGAAUUGAUGUCAUAAAUGUUCUUCUUUGAUUGCUUCAAAAUUUCCAUCAUGCUAUGGUUGUUGCAACAUCAGGCAGGAGGGGGUGUAGCAGCCCAUAGGUUGAACUAUGACAUCUCUCUACUGUCAGUCACGUUUCAAAAAAAAAAAAUCAAUGCUUUUGAAAAUAAUUACUGCCAGUUUAGGAUGUUACACAAACAAUUCACUAUAAAACUGAUGACAGUCAUGUUAUGUUUAGAAGCUAUACUCAUUUUAGAAGAAGAAAGAUCAUUUCAGGGGAGAGAGAAAACAUAUGACCUGUAGAAUUAAGGCCAGAUGAAAGUGAUUGUCAGGUUAUGGUUUCUUUGCUGGGAGGUUUGUCUUUUUGGAUUGAGAUUUAAACUCCAGAUUAUCUUCCUCCGUUAAAUGCACUAAUCUGUGUGCUGCAGAGUAGUCACAGAAGUCAGUGUGUGUGUGUGUGUGUGUGUGUGUGUGUGUGUGUGUGUGUGUGUGUGUGUGUGUCUAUUGUAUGCAGACUGGUUUCAUUAAUUGAUAGGUACUCUGGGGUAAAAAAGUAGCAUCUGUUAUUGAUGGGGGAAAUAGGAGCAGUUUGAAUAAUAGCGAGCUGUUCAGAUUUCUGCAAUUAGGUUUAGAAAUGUUUUAUUUUAUUAUCCUGUUGUAAUAUGUUUCUGCAUACUGUUCACACCAGUUUCUCCUGUAACUUUGUGGAACAAAUAUUUACAAAAUGCCUGUGAGCGCAAAAGUGGUCUUUAAGAAUCUGUGCAUAUGCAAAAAGGAAGGGGUCCCCCUUACCUGAUGAUCUUACACAUGAAUUGACAGAGAUGGCUGUUUCUUAUAUCACAAUUUUUAUAAUUAUGAUGACUCUAAAUUAACAGCUAGAGACGUACUUAAUGCACUUCUAAAUUACACAAAAAAAUUGUAUUAGAAAAGGUUGCGUACCUCCAUAAUAUAUCCCAUUUACUCACUUAUUUCAGUCUGUCCAAAGCACAGUGGGGGACAGUAAACUAGCAGUAGUUUAUGUACUCCUCUGGUAGUCUCUCUUGACAAAAGUAACUUUGCUGGGGUAUCUUUCUCAACCUUACAAAAGCUUUUGACACACCUGGACAUUUGUCUAAGUUGGACACCCUGAGGUUUGAUUCCAUAGAUCCUAGAGGCUUGAUGAGGUUUCAAAGCUCUGUAUUCAGUCCUACCUAGUUUGUCAGGCAGGAUUCUGCUACAAGAGGACCUAGUCUUUUGCAGAUGGGAGGUCAUUAGGGAUCUGUCCGGGGCCAUUUAUUUUCUUCUACAUUUGUAGCUCUUCUGUGGUAAAGGCACAUUCACUAUGUUGAUAACUCCGUUCUAAUAAGUGCUACCUACAGAGCAGGUAAAACUCACCUUGAUCUAUAUUAAGCCCUACACUCACUGUGAACCUUGUUGUCUGACAGGGGGUUCUAUUACUGCAUCUUUUGAAACCCAAAUUCAGGUUAUUUGCAGUAGGGCAGUCCCUAAGGAUAGCCCUUUGCUCUUUUCUUUCAUCUCCAAGUCUGAUAUAUUUGUUUCUCUUGUGAAUAACAGUUAAUUAUCUUGGACAUACUCUUCACCAGGAACUGUCUUAUAGCAUCAUACAGUCAUCAAGUUAAGAAGAUUCAGUAACAGGUAGGUCCUCUACAAGAGAAAACAUCAUGCUGACAUGUAAGAGGUGUUUAGCUUCACAUAAUCUAUAUUCCUACCUCAUAUUCUGUGUAUCAGUGUGUGGUCAUAUGCAAUCUGUAACCAGGUCUUUCACAGUGUUUGUCUGUGGCCUUUAAUAAUAUUGCAAGAUUUGCUGCUGAUGCACUCUCUCCACCUCCUCAUUUUAGACCGAUUUUCUGUUGCAAACAAAAUCACCUGUGGAGAUGCGUGCUUACUUUCUGCAUAGUACACAAUGAUUGCAGUACUCAUAACAAACAUCCUCUUCACUAGCAUCCUCUAGCUGUGAUGACAAGGUAUUAGCAAACGAUCAAAUAGUCAUAUGAUCACAGAAUGCUAGCUUUACUUUGUGCGAGAUCAAGGUACAGCGGGAAUUGGGAAUUUACCUCUUCCCCGCUGCUGAUUGAUGUCAGAGUUGAUAUAAAUAAGUAACAAAGGGAAGGGGCAAAGGGCUUGCCUCCAGUAAAAAAAAAACUGAAUUUUUGUAUGCUUUUUUUUCUUUUUUGCUUAGAUUUUUGAUCUUGGUCGACCAAUCAGUUAUGGUUCAACCACUUGCUUUUUUAUUAUAUGUAGUACGCAUGUGUGUGUGUGUGUGUGUGUGUGUGUGUGUGUGUGUGUGUGUGUGUGUGUGUGUGUGUGUGUGUGCAUUGUCCACUAGUGUGGGAUGUGUGGAGCUGUGGUAUGGUGUUUGGACACUAUGAGAAGAGGAUUCCACACAUAAUCCCAGAAUGAAGGAACCUUCUUAUAAAAAGGGAAGGACAGAAUCAGACAGUGAGAGACACUGACCUCUCAUAGACAACAAUUUGUAACCAAUGGUGGAGACUCUUAGGGAAGUGUUAAUCAGAAGAAACUGUAUUGUAACAGGAAAAUGCCUGUGGAGAUAUUCAAAGGAAUACUAGGAACUUGCCUGGAGAUUUACUGAAAGGAAUAUCUGGAGACUAUUUGUGGAUGUGUCUGUAUUGAAGGAAAACCAGAGACAUGUUUAUAGAUGAGCCUGAGAGCUACAAACCAAUUGGACCUAAUCUGGAGAACCAAGGCUAUGGAUUAUAAGAAAUUGUUAUACUGAGAGACUACACAAGGACUGCAACUAUAAAUAACUUGACAAAGCUAAAAGCAGAAGUAUGUUUACAAAGCUCAGAGCAGAAGUAUGCUCAUUUUUGUUUUAAGUUUAAAAUGACCUUUAAUUUUGGAUUCUGCAGUGCCAAUAAAAUAAUUUUGAACUAAAGUAAUGUCUUCAAUGUAUUCCAAUAUUUAUAUCUACACAUAUCUAUCUGUUUACACACACAUAUUAUAUAUAUGGGAAGUAUAAAAUUUUAAGAUGGGGUUACAGAAACCAUGCUCCUUGAAGGCCAGUAGGUUGUAAACCUAUGAACCUGUAAAUGUUGACUGUGCAUUUUAGGUGAUGAAUUAUGGAAUUUACAACAGAAUGAUUAAAUGAAUGUAAAAUUGCUGGCAUGAAAUGUUCAUUGACUGAAAGUAUUUUUAGGGAUCUGUAACUGUUUUUUAUUCAUUUUCAUCAAUAAAGCAUUUCAGACUUGCUGAAGUAUCGAUA